GUGUGUUCCUUUACAAUCGGGAAGUAGGAGUCAAAUGUGGAUAAAGCUAACCCACUUCGGAGCCUAUCGGUCUAAGAAAACGGCGCUAACGCAAAUAAUCUCGGACAAGCCAAAAAUGUUUCUUUUAGUGUUCAUUUUACUUUGGUUACAAAAUAAUUUGCAAAACCCUGGAGUUGGGGCCCACGCAACAGCACAGGAGUUUUGCAAUGCUGGGAUGUGUUAUAGUUUGCACUGGGAUGAAGGUUCCUUUUCACGUGCAAAGAAACUGUGCGAGGACAAGAAGGGAGUUCUGACCAGCAUGGAAAGUAAGGGCGAAGCAGAGAACAUUCGGCAGCUCCUGGCAAAGAAUAUGAAAGCCACUCCACAACUGUAUCACCUGUGGAUAGGGCUCCACAGAAAGGUCAAGCAGUGUUAUAUCCGUGAAAAAGAGUUACGUGGCUUCUCCUGGGUUAGCGGGAAUGACCAUUCCACUUACAGUUCCUGGGUUCAGGAACCUCUGCAAACCUGCACACACGAGAGAUGUGUGCAACUUCGGGUGAACUUCACAAACCAAAUCCGAUUUAAAUGGACAACCUCCCCAUGUGUCAAAGAAAAUGAUGGUUUUAUUUGCAAGUACGAAAUGUGUGAUACCUUAACUACUAAUACUGGAGAGGUGGCUUAUCAACAAGCCCACGUGGGUGAAGGCCCGUCCUUCCCUGGUGUACCCGCAGGUUCAGUAGCUAUCAUUAGUUGCACCAAUGGUAAGUCUAUCGCUUUGAGGUGUCAGCUUCAGAAUGGGCGAAUCAAGUGGUCAUCUUCGAAAAACCUUGAAACUUUGUGCAGCAGCUGUUGGAAUAAAACGAACGACGGCCCUUGUCAAAAUGGCUGUUUUAAGGUCGCUGAAGACUACUUCUGCUAUUGUGACAAGGGUUACUUAGUGGACCAUCAGCAAAGCAAAUGCAUUCCGGAGGGAGCUUUGGAAAGUGGCUUCAGUGAGUCGCCCAGGACCCGUCUCAAAGGCACUGAGAUUAUUGCUGCCAACAUCACUUUCCUGGUGUCUACAGCCACAGAAGCUCCAGCAACACAUUCCCUUCAACUUGCUGAAAGUUCAACAACUACAUUUUCUCCAACUUUCAGGGGUUCAGAACAAGGAAAGCAGGAAGCUUAUUCAAACGCACCCUUCCUAAUAUAUCAGGUCGUUAUCGGGGUCUUAGUUUUGAUGCUACUGAUUGCAGUUGCGGUGAUAAUUAUCAGGGGACGGGGGAAAGAAGGCACCCAGAAAACUGCACCCGGUGAACAUCGUGUGGCGUCUAAAAACACAGAUUCUGUUCAUCAAGUGAAUGAAAAAGCCCCGGAAGAAACAGUAAAUGUUACAAAUGAGAAUCAUUACGUUGAAACUCCUUCAGCGAGUGGGGGCGAAGUAAACGCUCCCACGGAUAAUGGUGAAAUAAGCGAGUCUGUAGCACAUUGAGGAACCACACGUAGGCGCUCACUCUAAUACUGCGUCCCGGUGCACCAGUGCCCACAUAAUGUGUGUUAAUUCAAAUGUACACGAGGAGAUUUAUAAUGGGAAAAUAUACCGACCAUAAAAACUGGGGUAAUAUAUGAUUUAUUUGAGAUAAGGAAGAGUGGGCUUUCUAACAGUAAAUAAUCGGUGAUAUUUAGGCUCCAGCCAGUACUUGGCUGAAAAGAAAACAUGGAUAUGUUGGACACUUAGAUCAGGUGCAGUGUUGAAACUGCGUCCUUUAUUAUUCUCAGUUGUAUAUUUAAGUAUCUUACAUUACUGUUCAAGAGUGCUAGGAGUUUUACUCCCUCUUCUGCUUGCCGGUUUGUUGCAGCCAGUUACUUUGUGGCCUUCGGUAAAUUAUGCGUUAGAAAUAUAUAUUAGCAAUCUGCACAAGGAAAAUAUUGCAGUGACUUCGAAGUAAAGGUCACGUGGUCAAAUAAUGUAUUAACUAUGCAAAUAUGACAACAACCCAAGCAAUUCGGUCGGAAGUGCAGUUAGCGUCAGUUCAAGCAUAUCCAGUGGGUGGUUACAGUGACAUUGAUCGGAUGAGUAAAUGUCGUUUCCAGGAAACGCGAGUUUGGACAGGUGCCAUUUUAUACAAGACAACAUAAACCGAAAAAUACACAUGGCUUUGUUUAAAAUAUGUACCGAUAGUUUUAUUUUAAUCUUAAAAAUACUAACGACACAACGCAGAGUUGAUCUUUAAUGUGUUGGACAGUUAGAUAACACUUGGUUCAAAUAAUGACACCGAUCUGAUCACCUCUACGUGAAGUGUCACUUUGAAUAAUAGAAACGAAUAGAUAUAUGGCAUUGGACAACAUUCUCAGCACAUUGUAGCCAUUUACAAAGCAAACGUACACAGAUUCCCACAACUCGCGCGUUUUCCUUUUCCUAGGAGCAAAUAUGCAGGCCCCUGUUCCUUAAUGUCACAUCAAUGUGCGAAUGAAAAGCCAUAAGCAUCUGCUGGGGCUCCUGGUUUUGAUUCGAUUCAAUAGUGAACCCCGUGCCUGAAAGGUUAACUGGGAUAAUAUGUAUGAAUAGUUUUCAUUAAGAUGUGAGCAGCUAAACUGUCCGAAGGAUGUCAGUGGGUCAGUUAAACAACAAAUGCAACUUGAAGGAGCUGGCAGUGGUGCUGCCAUUUUCAAUACUCAACCAGCAAAUGUUAGAAGAGAUGAGGCUGGGACAUCUACUGGUUUGAGCCCGAACGAUAAAAGCAGAUUACUACUUCUGCAAACUGUUAAGGUUGUGGUGAACCAACCGCCCUGACAAGGCCAAUUUGCGUUUUGAAAUGUGCGCCGCUCUUUCUGUUUGCCUGACCAACAUCGCUAUGAAACAAUACAUUGAUAUAGUUAUAAUUACUGUAACUAGAAAAGCGUGGAUUCAGAUUCAAACGCAUAUAGCUCUUAAUAUUGUAACUCAGAAGAGUCGUUAAUUCCAGUAGGUCCUUGCUUGGCACUUGUACAGAUUUAUAUCUGACAUUUGAAAAAUACCCCCCUUCUCCCCAUAGUCGUAAAUAAUACAACUUAAAAAGAAAGAUAUCUCAUCUGAAAAGAAACACUGUACUGGCGGGACGAAGCUUUAACCUUCUGUUACUCACUUCACAUUCUAUUAAAACGCAGCAGAGUGAAAAACAUCAUCCCCCAAAGAUGUGGUCAUUAAUUCUUUGUGAAAUGAAUGCUGAGAUUCGGGUUCUUGUGCACCAGAAGGAUUAUUCCCUCUAUUAGUACUUAUUGAGAAACGCGACAGAUAGAAAUCCAUUUAGAUUGUCUUUUCCAAACUGAAACAAAACUCCGGAAGUUAGAUUCUGCUGUUUUUCAGUAUCUGUGGAGCAAAAUUCACAAACUGACACUCAUCACCCGGCCACUCUUAAGAAUUGCCAUUGGCCCUCGAUGUGAAACUACUGAACUUAAAAUAGUUUUUAAAUGCCCAGUACCUACAUUUUCAAAGAAACCUGAAUCAAUGUACAUAAAAAUAUUUUAAAUUAAUCUGACAUUAAUCUGACACGCUUCCAUCUUGCUUCAGGCACUACAACAUUUUACCUAGAACUGAAAGGAAGUUUCAUCAAAAAACUCGAUACAUAUAAAAAAAGGUGCAAACAGCUGAAGAAUCGAGGCCUUGAUAAACAUCCAUGUCCAAAUGCAAUUGACCACACUUCAUAAUCUGAGGCAACAGAAAAAGGAAGCAAAAUCAGGAAUAGGCAGCAAAAUCUGUCCCGCAAAUAGAGAACAGCACAGGUAGUGAUAUUCUCCGGAUUCUGUUGUUGUACAGCUGCACCGUGAUGUCUCAGAGGGUAGUGGUCCUUGACGUACAGGUACCGUUGCGAUACACACUAUUCGACUCCAGCGGGUCCUGUUGGAAGUCUUCAACGCUGUAUGCUCUGCUUUUCAGAGCUGUGGCAUAGUAAUCUAUGGGUUCUUCUGCAACAUUGUCCAUCCAUCGUAGGCACAAGAUUCUCUGGAACGAUCUCUUAAAGUUGUCCGAGAGAAAGCCGUAGAGGAUGGGGUUGGCACAGCUGUUGGCGUAUCCCAAGAUGACGGCCAGCUGGCUGACAGUCGCGUCUUGCUGUCCCACAAAGACAUUCACCAGCUGAACUAUGUAAAAGGGCAUCCAGCACAUCACAAACACCGUCACCACCAUCAUGACCAUCAAGGUGAUCUUUCUCUCCGACUUUUUGCGCUGUUGCCAGCCUGCUUUAAGAGCCACCACUCUCAUUUUGACAAUGAUGAGGAUGUAGCACAGGCAGAUGGCGGCGACGGGAAUGAGAAACCCCAUUAAAAACGUGUAGACCACGAAGCCCGCUAGCCACUUCUUGGUAGGCUUCGGCAUCUGCAUGUUGCACGCAACCGAGCCAUCAGAGUUGGUGGCUGUGUCUGCAAAGAUAAUGAUGGGCAGGAUAACCAUGAUGGACAUGAGCCACACUGCUAAGUUGACCAUUUUAGCUAUGGUGGGUCUUCUGUAACUGGCAGCUUUGAUGGGGUGCACCACAGCAAUGUAUCUGUCCACACUGAGGACAGUGAGGCAGUAGAUGCUGGUGAACAUGUUGAUGGCAUCCACGCUCAGUACAAGGCGACAAAGCAAGGACCCAAAAGGCCAGUGACCCAGCAAGGUCGAGGUCACCAGAAAGGGCACGCUUAGCAUAAGUAACUCAUCGGCGAUGGCCAAGUUCAAGAUGUAUAUAUUAGUGGCCGUCUUCAUUUUGGCAUAUCUUAGGAUCACGUAUAUGACCAGGGAGUUCCCACACAAUCCAACAAAGCACACCACUGAGUAGAUGAAUGAGAUAAGGAUGGCACUGCAUUGGGCGCCGCUUGAAGUCCCAUUCCGAGUAAAAUUGGCAGUGUCCAUGGCACCAUCUAGAAUGGCGAGGUGCUUAGCAGAAUCAUUGGGCAGCAUCUUCUGAAAAUCUCACGCAAAGCUUUCCCUUUUUAAAUCACUCCAUCCUCGUACCUCGCUGCCAAUCCGAACGGCAUCUCCUGGAGCUCGCCUCCUUCUUUCUGCGCAUUCUGGCUCCUAAGGGCAUGAACUAGUGAGCGAAUAGGGAGAAGUGUGGAGACAGGAAUCGCGCCAUACCCGGCUCUUCUCUCAUAAUCUACUGAGGAAUUAAGUGCUGUCUUUUCAAACAGGGAAUGCUUAACAGUCAAACGUCCGCAGCAGCAAACUGGCGACUCACAUUACGUAUCUCCAGGCAGCCGCCCGAAGCGACUUGAGCUGGUCUCCGUGUCAGUCAAACCCCGAAAAAACAACCUUCCUCUCGGAGCCCAGAGAUCCCACACCUGAUUCGGCUGAUGGCUGUGAUUCCUCUGAAGUAGAUGUACAGCACACUUCUUGGAAUUAGCAGCUUUUUACAGAUAAUCAAUCACCAAGGACAUCUUUCCGACUCCCUCAGGUAUUGGUGCAAAUUCGGAAUCACGUGUACAGUUUGUCACAGGAUAUAUGGUAACUAAGCACUGUGCAUAAAAAUCCGUAUACAGUGUAAAAGUUUAAUUCAAGUGGGGCAGGAUUACAGAAAUCUACGGACACGCAAUUAAAGAAGUUAAAGUGCACUAUUAGAAUAAUUCAUUAGGAACACACUAUUGUAAUGCAGUUUUAUUUCAUGCAGACUGUCUAAAUGUCUUGUGCACCUAAAGGCGGGCAUUACUGAAUAUGGCUCUUUGACUUUUAUGUUUCCCCCUCAUAGUGUUCAUCAGGGCACGAAUGCAUAGAUUCUUUCUCAAGUUCUGUUUAUUGGUGCCAACAUUACGCGCGCUCCCCUUUAAUGUAAACAGGCCAAUUGAGCGAGAAAUUUGCAAUGUUUUUAUAGGCUGCUUCUGAAAAUGAGACUUGAAACAAUGACCUCCGGGGGACUCCACUCUUCUCAGAUCAAAUAGCAGCAAUUAUCCGCGCCUACUGUUUGCACACAUCUGAUGUGGAUUCCAUUUUGUGAAUACAGUACAUGACACUUAUUCGGGUGAUAUAAUGGUUAAUUUAACUGCCUGUUCAAAAGCUUAACUCUGCUUGUAAUACCUCUAUUGAUUGUAUUCUCCCUAUAAUUGCUGUGUCACUGAACCAAUAACGGUUUGAUUUGGCAGGCGACUGACAGUUUAACUAAUAAACUUGACUUACUGAGCA